UCAUGCCAGCUGGGGUAGAACAAUGAUUUAUUCCUUACAGUUAUGUCUGAAUUAUUUCACAAAAGAGCUUUGUGGGGAAAAAUUGUGCAGGAAACAUUUCAGGCCAUUAAAGCUUGUUGGUGAAACCUAGCCAAUUUGGCGGGUGAUCUUUUAGGAAUAUAAUUACGUUUCAGUAAAAAUGUAAGACCUCACAACUUAUUAAACACAUUUGGAAUGAAAUACCAUAUUGAAUCAGUAUUGAUCAAACAUCUCUUCAACCAGUUAAUCUUGAUAGUAUUAUGUCAAAAUCCAACACUUCCAGACUGCCUUCAGCUCUUUUAUUAGAGGACUGACGGUUUUUAGUUUGACUUAUUUUUCCAGAUGAAGUCAAGAAAGGUCUUUUUGAUCUCUUUACAAGUAGAAGGAUUUACACAAAGACAAUGAGGGGUACACAAAACGAGACAGCCCUUCUGCCUUGGACAGAAGUACUCUCCCAAGUAUAGAAAGUUCUCUUUGUAGCCAAUUAUGAAAUAUAUUCUUAAUUUUAGGAGAAAUUCAAAUGUCUGACUACGUGGUGUUUUGACAGAUGUAUUCCUAAAUAUUUAACACAGUCCUUUACAGGAAUAUUUUCUAUUUCUUUAUCAGAGUCAAAUAAAUUUAAGAUUUCACAUUUUAGAAACAUUCAGUUUUAAUCCUGAUGCAAUAGAAAAUUAUAUUUUAGCAUUAAGGGCAUGGGCGACCUGGUCUUUGUCUCUUUAAAAAAAAGAGUAGUAUCAUCAGCCAGUUGGGAAAUUUGGAUUUCUUUGUUAAAUGGUUAAGCCGUACAGAUUUGCAUUAUUCAGAAUAUCUAGAGAUAGAAGUUCAACAACCAAAAUUACUAUAAAUGGCGAAAUUGGGCAUCCCUGUCGUACACUUCUGUUGAUACUGAAUCUUUUGGACGUAUUAAGGUUUAACACAGAACUAUUUUAUAUCUUUGUAAAACAUGCGAAUGACUUCGACAUAAUUUUCACAGAAUCCAAAAAGUUUAAGUGACCUAAAGAGAUUCAUCUUCAAUUGUGUCAAAGGCUUUACAGAAGUCCAGAAAUAAGACAAAUGCAUCUGAGUCCAUUGCAUCUUAAUAAUCUGGCCCUUCAUAAAUCCUGUUUGAGUCUCAUUUAUAAUGGUAUCUAUUCCUUUUAAUAUUUUUAAAUAAACCAGAGCAAUCAAUUAGUAAUCAGUAUUUAAUAAAGUAAUUGGUCUCCAAUUGUCAAUGAGAGAAGGGUCUUUAUCGGGCUUCGGAAUCAGUGAAAUAAAGGCCCUGUUUCAUAGUGGAGACCAUUUCACCAUUUCUAAUGCAAUCUUGAAACAUGUUAAAAAUAGGGUCUUCUAGUAACUCAAACUGUCUACAGAAUUCAACUGACAGGUCAUCCAGGCCAGGUGAUUUCCCUUUUUUCAUUGACACAGGUGAAUCGCAAACUGAGUGGAAAUCAUCCUCAAUUACAGGGACAUUAAUUCUGAAUGUGGCAGAUGUAGCUUUCCCAACCAUCUUCCUGAAAUUGUGAGUUGAAGGUUUCACAAAAAUAAUUUACAAAUGUUAUUGUAAUGGGAUCUUUGCAUAAAACAUUAAUUUAGAGUGCAGUUAUAGAUUUUUUUGUAGUUUCUCUUUUCAAGUGCAAAAAAAUGUCACUAGUGUUUCUUUCCCACUCUUCAAUCCAUUUUGCUCUUGACUUUACAAAGGCACCCUUUGCCAGGUCCGUGUAAAGUUGUUCUAAUUCUAGUUGUAAAAACUUAAAUACAGACUCUUCAACUUGAGUUUUCUAAAGAAAGGUAAUCUGUCAAGCUUGCUCAUCAACUCCUUUUCUCUAAGGUUCUUUAAGUGCAUCAGCUCUUUGGCACGUUUAAUGGCUACAACUCUGACUUUAUAUUUGAAAAAUUGCCAAAUACUUCCAUGACCCAAGACUUUACUUGAAAAAAAAUUUGAUGUUUCCAAUGAGAGUAGGAUCUUUAAGUGUGUUUAAUAGCUUGCAAAUGUUUUAGUAGCUUGCAAAUUCAGGGAAAUCAAGUGAUCAGAAAAGGGAGCCAACUGAUGAUCUACAUCUAUAACAAAAUGGGAGAAAUUAGGAAUAAUCUAUUCUAGAUUUACGUGACAUAGUUUUGUUGGUCCAGGUAUAACCCUUUGUAUCCGGAUUGAAAUAAUGCCAGGCAUCAUCAACAGAGAUCCUUGCAUAAUGUAGUGAUGAUAUUGCAAUUUUGAAGGCUUUGACUUGUUCUAGGAGGAAAACGAUCAACAGAUGCAUCAGGUGUUUAAUUAAAAUCCCUUGAAAUAAUUAGAAUAAUUAGAAAAUAAUGCGUAAAUCCUGUACUUUUCUGGUAAAUUGGGUAAAAAGGGUCUUAUUAGGAGCAUGUGAGUUAUGUCCAUAUACAUUACAGAUGAUGAAAAUAGCAUUGUCAAGUUUAACAGUUACUAUGACCCAUCUCCCAUCCUGUAAAGAUGUGGAUUCUAGAAUGUCACCUUUAAACUUGUGAAUGUGUCAGUGUCAAAACACCAGAAUGAUUUGAUCCAUGACUGAAAUAGACCAUAUCUCCCCAUUGUGAUUUCCAAAAUUUCAAAUCACUUUCACCCGAAAUGAGUUUCCUGCGUUUACAGUAUAAAAAUAAGGCUUUCCUUUUUGUAAGAUCUCUCAAACCCCUAGCAUUCAGACUAAGGAUAUUGAGUGAGUUGAAAACUACCUCCUGCAUUUAAAAAAAUAAAUACAAAAAUAACAAAUUAGAUAACAGAAGUGGUAAUAUGAACAAUAAAACAGUGAACCUUGAGAGGGAUUACUCCGACGGAAAAUUACGCUCAACUGAGGUAGCGGUGGUUAACAGGAAAAAUAUGUUAAUUUCCUUUUCUUUUUUUGGCAAGUGUUCAUAGGUUAACUUAGUUCAAGCGGUACAUUUACUCAUGGCAGUACAUUAACUGUACUCACAGUUCCAGUUCGGUUAAUGUCAACAGAGUUACCCAGUAAUCAUUCUUUUUUCGAUAAAUGCGUGUGGGCCCUUGAACCCAGCCUUCUUUUCCUCUUGUCGUGCCUUGCCUUUUGUAUAAGCGGCCACACUUUCUCCCUGGCAGCCUGAUCCUGCGGUAUCAGAGCCUCUUUGAUGCGGAGCUUCUUCUCGUCCAGAAACGUGUUCCCCUUGGUCAUUUUCCAGAUUAUGUCUCUGUAAUGGCGCAUAGUUAAGCGCAAAAUGAUAUUGCGAGGGGGUCCAUCAUACCUUCGUUUCCCAAGUCGAUCACGUCUCUUAGCUUGUCUUUGAUGCACGGAGUCACCUUUCCCAGGAUAUUAAUGACUGCUUCCCUAAUAUUCCUCUACCUCUUUUACACCUUGUAUUUUCAGAUUCCACCUGCGAGAGUACCUUUGAAGUUUAGCUACAUUCUCACAGCUCAUUAUUUGGGGGUUGCAAGUUUCUAAAACUCAUUCUCUUAGGAACGUUAUAUUUUCCUCGUUUUCGCUCACAAUUUUGUGAAACUGACUGACAGUUACUGACAAAUGAUCGAUCUUCUUUGAUGUUUCUUCGGUGGCCCGCUCUGAUGGACUCACUGGAGAACGUGGCGUCUUGUUUAGUGGACAGGGACUGGAUUGCAGAGAAAAGUUCAGACAUGGAACUGUCUUACUUUUUUCACCGGUGGAUUUUUAACUGGAGUCUGAGGUGAAAAGGUCGCAGGAAUUUCAUCCUGGUCUGUUUUGUUCUUUCUCUUGCUUGAGCUCGCAGCAUCUUGUGUAUCCAUGCUGCUUUGGUUCUCGUCGUGGCCAGCUAGCAUGUUUGCCGUCUUCUGUGAGGCUUGGAUAUUCCGUUUAUUAUUGUCUUUCUGUCGUGUUCUUCCAACUCAACUUGACAAAAACGAAAUCUAAACUUAUCCUAUGCCGCUAAAACAAGUUGUAGUUAGUUUCUUUCAACAGUGAUAACCAAUGAAAGACUGUUAACCACCUAACCCUCAAUGUUGCUUUGACAAGCGAGAGAACACGCCCUCAGAGCGACGCCAUCUUGGACAUCCUGAGGAAUCUACUUCCAGACUGCGGUCUGUUCAUCUCAAUACUUCAAAACUCCUAAACACGUCACAAAUCUGGUACCUGGGUCUUUCCAGUGAGUUGGGGGAAGAAUGAGGAACCAUGGCACAGUUUGAAAGCCUGAUAUGGACUAUAACUAUUAUAUUGGUGCUUGAAAGCAUCGGAUCCUGUAUUGCAUGUGGUAGAGCUGAGUACAGAAUAAGGGAUGAAUGUUGUCCCAUGUGUUCACCAGGAAAUCGUGUACAUAGGCAUUGUACUGAAUUCACCAGUACCAGCUGUGUGCCCUGUGUUGAUUCUACUUUCCUUGAUGAGCCCAAUGGUCUCAUAAAAUGCAAAGUGUGUACCAACUGUGAUCCAGGUUUGGGUUUGAAGGUAAAGCAGCCAUGUAGACCUUCAUCAGACACUGUCUGUGGGACACUGGAGGGGUUCUACUGUCUAGACCCAACUAAGGAUGGUUGUAGAGCAGCCCAGAGACACAGCAGCUGUGAACCUGGUCAAUACAUCAGCCACACAGGAACAACAUCUACAGAUACUGUGUGUGCUGACUGCCCUGGUAAAACUUAUUCAGAUGGAUCAUUAACAUCUUGUCAACCACAUACAGAAUGUGAAUUCUUGGAAAUUGAACCAGGAACUCCUUGGUCGGAUUCAGAAUGUGGAGUAUCCUCACUUCCCACAGCUGGAAUCAUAGCUGGUGUUCUGAUAGGUGUUCUAUUUUUCCUGACCAUAGCUGGUGUUUGUUUAUUUAUGAGAAGAAGAAAAAACUUAGGCCCUCAAAUACCUACACAGGCAUCCCCAGAUCAGGAAAUACCAAUGCUGUCUGGGGGAAUUGGAAAUGGAAACGAUUCAAGCCCCCAUCACAGCCAGUGACUCUGCAUUCUGUAAUCUGUGUUCCACUGGCUGGCUGGUCCAGCCAUCUAUAGUGUAUCUUAACACUACAUGUUAAAUGUGGUAUUGUAGAAUCUGGUUGAUAUAAAAAACAGGAUUCUACAGCACAUUCAAUUGUAGUGUAAAGAAAUGAAACACAACCUCCAGUAAUUAGAAUGACUUCUAGAUACUUGUUGGUAUAAGGACCACUGUGUCUUUGUAUCAUAUGGGGAUGUUUGAAACUUAGUCAUCCGCCUGAACUGUCCCCACUUGGGUCACCGAAUAGCUAGCUUUUCAUGUGGGCACCACUGGUAAGAUGCUUCGGAAGGGUGGUCACAUAUCAGCUUCUGCCUACAGCCUGUUCUAAAAUGGAAAGGAGCGUGUGAUGAGUAUUAAUUAGCUUCACCUUGCUAGGUAACAGCUUCAGUAGCUGAGAACCCUCUGCUCUUCCCAGGGGAAAGUCAAAUGUGUGUAUAUCUUCAGGACCACAACAUCUAUGUCAGCCCAGACUAUGGAACUCCAAAUGGGACUUGAUAAUAUCUUGAGACAGAUUACUGGAUACUGGUGCAGGAUGCAGCUUUCACUUGGGGAAGGUUCCCCAGAAAUUAAAGAACAUUUUCAAACAUGGUUAAAUGGAUAACUUUACACUACAAGAAAAUCAAGAUCAGGCUCAUAGAAGCAGACGAGGACAUCAACAAACAGAUACAACUUCACUAUAGACUGUAUGGAUCACAGAAGGGUGAAAAGACAAUAUUUCAGGAACUAUCCUGAAUGGCUUCCACUCCAUCUCACAUUAAAAUUCAGAAUAAGUAUUGUAGAAGAGUGCAGGUCCACUCAGUCACCUGUGGUGUCCCCCACCCUGUUCAUCCUCUGCCUACUUCCACUUGGUCAUAUAGUCAGAUGACUUGGUCCUCUUCCACAGUUUUGCGGAUGACAUGCAUGUCUACAUUAAAAUGGCCCCAAAUCCCUCAAAGUACAUGCUUGGUUAAUUAAAGCUCAACAUUCAAAAACAUGUAAACAAGCUGUCCCUCAGGGGGCAGUCUGGGGGUGUUUGGCUCCAGGAAAAGAGGACACAGCCUGGAUGAUCUUCAAUCUCAGCCUCUUAUGCUGGAAGACAUGACAUAAACUCUAUGAAUCCUUCAUUAAGUAUGCCUUACUAUUAAUGCCUUGCAUGAUUGUUAUAGAAAUGUUUGUGGUCACACGCACAUCUUUUAAAACUUACAGUACCAGUCAAAAGUUGACACCUACUCAUUCAUGUUUUUUUCGUUAUUUUUACUAUUUUCUACAUUGUAGAAUAAUAGUGAAGACAUCGAAACUAUGAAAUGACACAUAUGGAAUCAUGUGUUAACCAAAUUUAAUUGUAUUUUAGAUUCUUCAAAGUAGCGACCCUUUGCCAGCUUUGUAAACUCUUGGCAUUCUCUCAACCAGCUUCACCUGGAAUGUGUUUCCAACAGUCUGAUGCAGCACUUCAUCACUCUCCUUGGUCGAAUAGCCCUUACACAGCUUGGAGGUGUGUUGGAUUAUUGUCCUGUAGAAAAACAAAUGAUAGUCCCACUAAGCGUAUUGCUGUGGUAGCCAUACUGGUUAAGCGUACCUUGAAUUCUAAAUAAACCACACAUGUGGGAACCACACAUGCAGAGAUCAUCCGCUCACCUACUCCGUGUCUCACAAAGACACGGAGGUUGGAACAAAACAUUUCAGAUUUGGUCUCAUCCGACCAAAGGACUGAUUUCCACCGGUCUAAUGUCCGUUGCUCAUGUUUCUUGGCCCAAAGAAGUCUCUUCUUCUUAUUGGUGUCCUUUAGUAGUGUUUUUUUUUUUUUUGCAGUAAUUUGACCAUGAAGGCCUCAUUCACGUAGUCUCCUCUGAACAGUUGAUAUGAAGAUGUGUCUGUUUAACUAUGUGAAGCAUUUAUUUGGGCUGCAAUUUCUGAGGCUGGUAACUCUAAUGCACUUAUCCUCUGCAGCAGAGGUAACUCUGGGUCUUCCUUUCCUGUGUCGGUCCUCAUGAGAGCUAGUUUCAUCAUAGCGCUGAAAGUUUCUUCUAGUGCAGUCGAGAAAACCAUUCUAAAUGUUCCGUAUGGACUUGUUUCUCUUUGCUUAUUUGAGCUGUUUUUACCUUGCCAUUCUUUACCAAAUAGGGCUAUCUUCUGUAUACCACCCAUACCUUGUCACAUCACAACUGAUUGGCUCAAACGCAUUAAGAAGGAAAUAAAUUCCACAAAUGACCUUUUAACAAGGCACACUCCAGGUGACUGGUUGAGCUGGUUGAGAUAAUGCCAAGAGUGUGCAAAGCUGUCAUCAAGGCAAAGGGUGCCUACUUUGAAGAAUCUCAAAUAUAAACUAUAUUUGGAUUUGUUUAACACUUUUUUUUGGUUACUACGUGAUUCCAUAUGUGUUAUUUCAUAGUGAAGACAUCCAAUGUAGAAAAUAGUAAAUAUAAAGAAAAACCCAUGAAUGAGUAGGUGUGUCCAAACUUUGGAGUGGUACUGUAGGUGCUGGCCUAAUAAAGUCUAGAUAAAAAAGGGUUGAACUGUUGUUAUUAAAGGUGGUAUUAAUUAAGGAGCAUA